CCACUGGCACUCUCGUCGCGUUCGCGACGUGAUGAGUACGCACGCGAAAGUUAGCCAGCAGGCGCAGCAGUCCACUCGCGACGCGCUGGACUGACAGCGUCGUUAUCAGCCCCGUACGCCACACGCGUUACGUCCGCAUCCGAUAUAGAUACGCAAAAAAGUUUGUUUAGCGAAAUUUCGGCAGCAUGUGCUGCUGACCGCGCGCGCACUACGUUGCCUUAUUGAGAACAGCGACGCACACGGCGAGCGCGCCCAAGAUGCGGUGAGAAUCUGCGCGUUAAUUUUGCACGCGUCCAAUUUGCCAAGUGUGACGAGAAGAAGGCCGCGUGAUGGCCGAAAACAAAGUGCUCAUGAAUGUGGUCGCGCUCACGGACAUCCAAGACCUGCUGGUCUACUUUUCGAAAACUAUCUACAGUCCAAAUGGAGCCGACCAGUUUGCAUCAGAGGCUAUGCAAAAGUGCAUUGCGCUUUUCCGCACCGAUUACACGCUGCUCACGAUAAAGAACUGCAUGGGAGAGUUAAGCUCACACUAUCCUAGUCAACUGGUCAUUCUAGAACAUGAAAUCAAUCAGAAUAUGCCAGGCAGCUCACACUCCAGCAGUCAACGAAUCACGAACACGAUUUACGAGAACGUCCUCAACGACGAGAACACGCUACUCAGCUACAUUCAGAAGGGAAGACGCGCGCGCUGUCGCGGCCGAUUUCCAGUACCUGUGAUUAUCUACAAAGGAAAAUAUAUUUGUCGUUCGGCAACGCUUGCAGGCGGCGCUGAAAUGUACACCAGAUUCACCUACGACUACGUGUUCAAUCCCGACUAUGGAAUCGACGACGACGAAGGCCUGAAAGCACCGAAAAGCGCGUCCGAUUGGGCAUUAUUCGGACGCGUGCGCAGUUCCGAUAUCAAACUACUAAAAGCACUCAAUGUCGGAACUAUUGCUGACUUUAUGGUGGAAAACAAAAAAGUCAAGUUCGGCGUCAAUGUUACCUCAUCAGAGAAAGUCGAUAAAGAAAAUCGAUAUUCAGACUUCUCGCUUAUAUCACUGCCAUAUCCAGGUUGCGAGUUUUUCAAAGACUAUCGCGAUAAUAACUACAAUGCCGAAGGGCUGGUGUUCGACUGGUCACAGGCGUAUGUCGACGCGUUGAUUACAAUCCCAGACGAUUCGGCAUCCAUUGCUAGUCAGCUCAACAUCGAUUGGACCGAGUACAAGACCUGGGAUUUGGUCACAAUUACACAAAACUACAUGAAAUUACUGCUGAAACACAUCCAGGAAGGCAAAUCAGGUCUACUCAUACACUGUAUCAGUGGAUGGGAUCGAACACCGUUGUUUGUUUCGCUAAUAAGAUUAAGUUUAUGGGCGGAUGGAUUGAUUCAUCAGAAUCUAGACGCGCAACAAAUAUUAUACCUAACCAUAGCUUAUGAUUGGAUGUUAUUCGGACAUCAUUUACCUGACAGACUCGGUAAAGGUGAAGAAAUCUUCUUUUUUUGUUUCAAUAUCCUGAAAAAAUUAACGGGAGAAGAGUUUAGUCUACAAAACACUGGCAGAAAGAAGGAAAAAGAGCGGAUUGUAAUCAGAACGGACUCGGAGACAUUGUUAGAUUCAUUAAUGUUAGAUAGUGAUAUGAGAGGGUCUAAUAUCAGUCUGAACUCGGUGUGUUCAUCGUUAAGUAACAUGAGUCAAGAUACAAUGCCAAUGGUAUGGAAUGGUAUGCAUGAGGAUUUGAUUUAUGCGACUUCAAAUGGAAGUAGUAACGGGAAUAGUAAUGGAAAUAUCAAUGGAAAUUCAAUGAUGGUAAACGAAGGUUCGUCUUCGUCACGAUCACCUACGACGAGGAGAACAUCGCCUGUGAGUGUACCGUCCACACAUUUCCGCCAACGCAACGAAUCCGCUUCCUCGAUGUCAAUUGGUAGCUGGCAGAUGAUUACAGGCGCAGGCUCAAUUCGAGAAUCCGAUACUUCCGACUCAAAUGGUCUUAAUGCUAAUAAAUUCUGUUUCAGUAGUGACAGCUCAAGCCUGAACAAUUCCAGCCAUACGCUCAUUGAUGACGAUAACAUGUUUUUUUCGAACGUCGACGUUGACAGUCAUUAUCGGAAAAAGCGCCUGCUCAAAGUGCGUGAGACUUUCCUCAACUGCUAUCACAAAGCGAUCGGAUUCAAGUUCAAGAACGAUUCGUCACUGGGUUCGAUGCUGGGGAAUAUCGCUGAGAAAGUUGGGCUUGCGCAGAGGUCGUAACGCGAUGGUACUUGUACAGAUUUUUUAGUAAUAAGUAAAUAUUCACAACGACUGCGCACAAUUCGUAAAUCGUGCCAACGAAACGAUGAUUGAAUUUUACAAGUUACAAGCAUGACGUACGCUUCCACGGAUUGUAAUAAUCGCCGCCAUGUUUGUUCGGCAACUUUUUGUGAUUUUAAUGUUCCAUUGAGAAGAAAAACAGAGUGCUAUUUUUUAAAUAGAUUAUUAUAGAUCCUCGCGUACACAAAAGACGAGUUUUAUACGCGUGCGUUGAUUUCCACUAACAACAUGGCUGCCAGACACACACACAUAAUGUAUAUUAGACCCACGUGGAAAUCGGCGCCAGGCUUUAAACCCAUUAAACGUUAAAUUAUAUAUUUAUACAGCGGUGAUUUUAUACGAAACAACGCGAUAAAGACACGCCUAACACGUUCAAAUCGUGUAAAUAUUCGCAACGCUCACGAUUAUCGUGGAAUUUCAUAUUUUUACACGUUUUAAUACUCGACAGUCAUUUGUUUAAACUAAAACACGCCAACUACCUGAGGCAGAUGACAAAGUACAAUCGCACCAAUGAGUACUAGCAUAUUAUUUGAGUGCCUAUGCAAAUGACUGAUGUAUAUCGCGUGCGGUUUGUUUAAAAUAAGGUUAUAAUGAAUUAUCCUCAAUGCUGAGAGAACGUACAUUACAUUUUAUGCUGAUGAAUAACACUUUGAGAUUUUAAAUUAUUUCCAUCGGAAGAGAUUAUAAACAAAUUGAUCAAA